AUGAGGAGAAGUUUCCGGGAAACUCUGCCAAAAUUUUCCCCCGCGCCGCCGCUCGCCUCCGCCUGCGCGCGCCGCCCGCCGUCCGCGCCGCCGCCUCCUCCCGCGCCCUCCGCCCGCGCGCGCGCCGCGCGCCUCCUCCUCUGUCCCGGCCUCGUCCGCGCCGCCGCCUCCUCCCGCGCCCUCCGCCCCCGUCCGCGCCGCCGCUUCCUCCUCUGCCGCCCCGUCCGCGCCGCCGCCUCCUCCCGCGCCCUCCGCCCGCACGCGCCGCCGCCUCUGUCGGCCUCGUCCGCGCGCAGCCCGCGCAGCCCGCGCAGCCACGCGCCGCCGCGCGCCCGGCCACCUCCGCCCGCCGCCGUCCGGCGCCCUCCGCCUGGCCGCCUCCUCCUCUCCGACGCCCCGCCCGCGCCGCCACACCGGCCGCCGAGUCGAGGGGAGAGCCAAGAACCAGAACCUCAUCUUUCCGACGUGGAGGCGUCCGUGCUCGAGCACUGCGCCUUCUUCCGCGACGACGUCUUUGUUCUCCACGUUUCAGCAAAUGCCAACAUUAUUACCAUGGCGAAUGAGAAAUCUAGAAACAAACCGGCAAACGAGAUCACUGAGAGCAAGGAAUUGUCACUGUAG